AUGGCGGCAUCGACGUCGCGGCCUCUAGAGUACCUGGAGGGUCUCCCUGGAACAACGUUCAACAAGUUGUACCAGCAGCCAUCCACUGCCCUUGCCAUCUUUCGACGCAUGCUUCCUGAUCUGGCAAAAUGUUUCGUCAUGGCCCUUCUCUACUUGAAGGAUCCUCUUCCGAUGGCAGAUCUCGAGCUUUGGGUCAAAGCUGAGAGUCGAAAACAACGCGAUAAUGCUAUUUCGAUCCUGGGCAGACUACAUAUCCUGCAAUCGAAGUUAAGCGACGAGAAAGUCCGUACCUAUGUCAUUACUGAUCCGUUCGCGUCCUCCCUUCGCCAAGCUCUCACGGGCUCCGCCGAUACCCUGUCCUUUGGUGUUCUCUCCAACGCCCCCAAUGAAUACAAGAUCUCGAUCGAUUUCCUCGACGAAUUUGCGCGACGGCAGUGGGAAGCAGUUUUGGGAUACAUGGUUGGAACAAGUGCCUUUGAGCAACGAGGACCGAGAGAUGGAGCAAGCCUGAGCGAAGGUGUGAAGCAGCUACUUCAAGCUGGCCAUCUGGUAGAACUCCGCGGUCGCAGUGUAGAUAUCACCAAAGACGGAUUUGGAUUUGUGCUACAGGAUGUCAACACCCAGGUCUGGCACAUCUUGAUUCUCUACGUCCAAACGGCCGAGGCCGUUGGCAUGGACAGCGUCGAGGUUCUUUCCUUCCUAUUCUUAUUGAGUAGCUUGGAGCUCGGUCGGUCCUAUGAGAAGAAGCAUCUCACACCGGACCAAGUUCGCACCCUGAAUGGUCUCGCCGACUUUGGCAUCGUCUACCAGGAAUCGCCUGAAGCCACCCACUUUUAUCCCACCCGCCUUGCAACUACACUCACCUCCGACUCAAGUGCCCUGAGUAAUCCUGUCACUGGAUCCAUGGGACCUGCGGGCCAGCCCGGUAGCUCAGGCUCCGGAUUUAUCAUCAUCGAAACGAAUUACCGCCUUUACGCAUACACAUCAUCACCGCUCCAGAUCUCCCUCAUCUCCCUUUUUCACAAAUCUCAAUCCGUCCGCCGAGCAAUCGAGAUGGGCAUCACAGCCGACCAAAUCAUUUCAUAUCUGCUCACUCACGCUCAUCCCCAAAUGCGCAAGCACAAUGCCGGCCACUCCACCUCUAACACGGGAGGCGUCCCUCCGUCUGUCUUACCACCCACUGUCACAGAUCAAAUUCGACUGUGGCAACUUGAGCGGGACCGUCUGCGCGCCACAGCAGGCUUCCUCUUCAAGGACUUCACCAACUUCGCCGAAUACCAAGCCCCAUGCCAGUAUGCCGCGGAAGUAGGCGUGCUCGUAUGGAAAUCCGACCGGAAACGCAUGUUUUUCGUCACAAGGCACGAACAGGUCGCAGCCUUCUUGAAAAACAGAAAAUAG